AUGGACAAGUAUGAGACUUUGGAGAUCAUCGGAGAAGGGUAAUUUCUAUUUAGAACUUAUGGAACUGUUUACAAGGUUAGACACAAAGAAACUGGUGCUUAUUAUGCAAUAAAAAAAUUCAAAGAAAGUGAUGAAAAUCAAGCUAUAAAUUAAAUUAAACGGCUUAAGGUCUUCCAAAUUUGAUGACUCAGAUUUUCUACCACAGGACUUUUGCUUGCCAGUGGAAGCACCAGUUUCCUGAGCCCGAUCAACAACAGUUUUCUCUAAGAGCUUCACUGGUUCCUGAUUUUCGAAGGGUUAAGAAUACCCCUCUGCGCUGUAUGUCUUGAGGUGCUAUGGAGGCAAAUUAGCCAGAUGCCUCCUAUUGGCUACCUUGAGGAAGGGAGACACCUAGAAAAAAAGAUCCUUCACCCUCCGAGCUGGCAGGGAAAGAACCCGUGGCCCAAAAGCCAUCUGAUAAUCAAUACUAGACUGAAAUAGCCACCAGCUGACUCCCAAGGCACCCACCCCAUAUAGCCGCCAUUCAGCAAGCUUAAGGUUAGAAACACCUUAGGCUAUAAACCAUUUUGACUCCAAAAGUGAAGAGUCGUCUGCAAGGAAAUAUUUUAUAGCCACCACCGUAUUGAUUAUUCAAGCUAUAAGGAAAAUAGCUAUGCGUGAAAUUCGCAUUUUAAAAUCUCUAAGCCAUCAUAAUAUAGUCACCCUCUACGAGGUAUUCCGCAGAAACAAACUGUGUCUUCACACGAUGAUUAUUUCAUAGCGGCUUUUCUUUUACCUAUUUUUUGCCUAUUUUUUUUGCCUUUUUCACCUAUUUUUUUUGGCCUAUUUUUUUUUCCUUAUUUAUUUUUAACCAUUUUUAGUCCAUUUGCUUUUAAAAUUUGAGUCCAUUACUAUUUCGAAGUGAUUUCAAUUAAUUUUAGUCUAUUCUUUUUGUCAGAAGUUAUAUUAUCAAACUUUUGCAAUUAAAAAAUAGUCCAAAAAAAAGGUGAAAAAACAGGCUAAAAAAAUUCAGCCAAAAAAAAAACUAGUAGUUAUGAAAUAGGCAUCGUGAUUGGAACCGAAACAAACAUCUAUACUUAGUCUUCGAGUACGUCGAGCACACAAUUUUAUCAGAACUUGAAGCACAUCAAAAUGGUCUAAAUCCAAAUCAAGUAAAGAAAAUCAUGUACCAGCUGAUUUCAGCUAUAAAAUAUUGCCAUUCCCACAAUAUAAUCCACAGAGACAUAAAACCUGAAAAUUUGCUAUUAACUCAAAAUGGAGUUUUAAAAUUAUGCGAUUUUGGGUUCGCAAGGACGUUGGCCACUCUUAAUGGUAAAUAUACAGAUUACGUUUCAACCCGCUGAUAUAGAGCUCCAGAGCUGCUUGUAGGAGAUAAUGAGUAUGGAAAAGAAGUUGAUGUCUGAUCAAUUGGGUGUAUUUGUGCAGAACUACUUACAGGCCUCCCUAUAUUUCCUGGUGAUUCUGACUUUGACACUUUGCGGCACAUCCUUUCCACGAUUGGUGGAAAUUUGUCGGAUAAGCAGUCAAAUGCGUUUAAUUCAAACCCAAUAUAUGAAGGGGUCAAGGUAUUUAUUAUUUAGCUACCUUUGCCAAAAAAAGUAAUAUCUUUGGAGUCAAAAUUUAAAGAUUUUCCUAGUAAUGUUAUAUCAUUUUUAAAAGGCUGCUUCAUGUAUGACCCAAAAUCCCGAAAAAGCUGUGAAGAACUGCUUAAACAUGACUAUUUUUCUAAUACUUUUAGAGCAUCUUUUGAACAAGAAUUAAUGGAGUUGUUUAAUGAUGACUAUGAAAUUAACAGCUCAAUUAGGAUUUCCAAUAGUGAAUUUUGCUCACCUGAGCAGGGGUGUUACCAAGAACGGUUAGAGAUGUAA